AUGUGUAGCCAUUCCGAUACUGAAUUUACACACUGGCAGUGGGAGUAUUGUACUGGCACGACCAACAACCGGCUAGGGUUGGAGCGUGACACCGGACAUCCAACCGGCAAGCCUGAGUGUGGGACUCUGCCUGAUGGCCUUGCCGACGUGAAUGAUGGCCUUCAGUUGGAUUGGAUUGGUGCUGAAGAGGCUGAUGCGGAAUCCAUUGGAGAAAUCGUUGCGGGGUCUGAAGUGGAUAGUGGUGAGUUGGCACGGGGUAGACGCGCUAAACGGGUGAGAAAUCUGGAGAAGGAAAUGGCGAGGUACCGCUUUUGA